AUGUUUAUUCAUGUGGAAUCUAAAUAUCUUCAUGGACAACUUGUUACUUCUGAAAACUGGGCUUUUCUUACUAGAUUUUGUUUUCUAACUCAAAAUGGAAAAUUUCAAUUUGAUUUUGUGAUAAGUAGUCCUCCAGACGUUAAUCCAAAAGUAAACUUGUUGCUCUAUUAUGAUAGUCCAAAACAGUGGCCUAGUGUUUAUCCAUCAAAUAAGACAUGCGAGGAAAAAAUAUCUGUACUCAGUCCCGAACAUGGUCAAAUUGUCCCUUUACGAGCAAGUAGUGAUUGGACGAAAGUAUCAGGAUGCACGUUUAUUGAUAAUCCUUGGACUAAACUUCACUGCUCUAGUCACAGAAUGUUUCAAUCUGCAAAGCCACGUUGGUGGUUUAUCGCUUUAGCUGAUUGUUCGUCGCAAAUUGGUCUAAACAUCACUUAUUAUAUAAGUUUAACUAAUGGUUCACCAGGUAGUUUUUGGCGAGAACAUUUUUCGGCUGAUGAAUUUGGACUAUUACCAAUAUCAAUAUUUGCAGUAAUUGCAUAUAUAAUACUGUUAAGCAUCAGUAUAUAUGUAGCACUUCAAUUACGAUCAAGAAGAUUACUCCAUGUAACAUACAAGAUCUUUAUGGGAUCCAUGAUCUGUCAACUAACUGGCAUCUGUUCCGAGAUGUACAGCUUAAUACAACGAGGCUUAACAGGAUACAAUGCACCAUCCAUUACUUUACUUGGAAAUCUUUUUGAAGUUUUUGGAGAAAAUCUAUAUACUCUUCUAAUGCUUCUUCUAGCACUAGGAUAUACAGUUACAAAAAGUGUUCUCUCACAUAGACAGAUGUGGUGUGUUUUUUGGUUCAUUACGAUGAGUAUUUUCAUGCAAGUUUCUCUAUUUAUUUAUCAAGCAGAAGUUUUCGAUCCGGGACUAGUACUUUAUAUUUAUGAAUCACCACCUGGAUAUCUUUUGAUACUUACUAAAAUUAUUGCUUGGAGUGUUUUUUGUUCUUGUUGCUUUAGAACCAGUAAAAAAUCUACAACAAAGUUUCAUUUUUAUGCAUCAUUAUUAACAUUAGGAUCAGCAUGGUUCCUUUGUCAUCCUUUGACGGUCCUAGCAAUAACGUUUGCUGUAGACAAAUGGAUACGAGAAAGCGUGGUAAAAGGAUGCUCCUUAUGGAUUGUUUUUGUUGGUCACGCUUUAUUUCUCUACGUUACACGACCAGCAUCUUCCAACGAACGUUUUCCAUUUCACAUUCGAACAUGUCAAGUGGUUCCCAUUGCUAUAGGGCAAGAUCAUUAUUAUGAACCUCGUCGAACUAAUACUGCUUCAGUAUUUACAAUACAUUUCAGAAAUCAGCAAACAGCAGUACCAGGAUGAAUAUGCUGAAAAGAAAUAUUAUGUUGAAAAAGACUAGUGUAAAUAAUGUACAAACAUGAUUAGAAAUUAAUCAAAGUGCCUUAAUUAGAUUUUAACUCUUGUUUGUUGCUCAUGUUAUAUGAUAUAUUUAUUCAUAUUUCUAACUAACAAAUCAUGUUCAAGUAGUUCUGCUAUUUACAAUUUUUCAAAUGUUUUUAGCAAUAGCUGUAUAUACAAUACUAUUCAC